UCGAAUGAAAGAGGGUGGGGAAGAUAGUGCUGGUGUGUGAUUAUCAUAUAAACAUUUAUUAUGCGGCUAGUGUAGUACCCAUCGGCCGAUCAUUAGAAUAGCAGGAAGUAGAUUGGACCUGUGUGUACACAUAUCGUAGGAAAAAGUAAUCAUGACGGAGUAUAAGCUGGUAGUUGUUGGAGCUGGAGGGAAGGCAAACCCAAGGUUGAAGAAAGGCCAGGUGAACGGACAUACACUCAUUAAGUAGUUUGGUGAUGAGGUAAUAUGACGGUGGGGCUCACACACCACCACCAGUACAAAGUCACUCAGGCAAAACGCUCAAGCACAGCUGGUGGCGUGGGAAAGAGUGCACUCACCAUUCAGCUUAUUCAGAAUCACUUCGUUGAUGAAUACGACCCAACAAUAGAAGAUUCUUAUCGCAAACAGGUGGUUAUUGACGGGGAAACGUGUCUCUUGGAUAUCCUCGACACAGCUGGGCAAGAAGAAUACAGUGCAAUGCGGGACCAGUAUAUGCGAACAGGAGAAGGGUUCCUGCUUGUGUUUGCCGUCAACAAUGCAAAAUCCUUUGAGGAUAUAAGUACAUAUCGUGAGCAGAUAAAGAGAGUUAAAGAUGCUGAAGUGGUACCCAUGGUUUUGGUGGGCAACAAAUGUGAUCUCCAGGUGCGUGCAAUGGACAUGCAGCAAGCACGGGAAGUGGCCAAGAAUUAUGACAUUCCUUUCAUAGAAACCUCUGCCAAAACCCGCAUGGGUGUUGACGAUGCCUUCUAUACUUUAGUCAGAGAGAUCAGGAAAGAUAGGGAACAUCGUGGGAAGAUUAAGCCAGGACAUAGGAGGAACAAGAAGAGGUGCAUUGUGUUUUAGGAAUAUUGUGUUGCUUAGACUUAUAAGCCUGAUGGUAUUAAACCCAUUGUUUUCAUCACUGUCACAUAGGUUAACUCUACGUCAGUGCAGUACAUUUGACAAAAAAAUUCUGCCACUUUGAUAAAAAUAAUUUUGAGGAGGGAGCUUUUGAGUUCUCUGAAUAUGCUGCCUGAAUGGAUACCUACAGAUGAACUGGCUACCACGAGUGCAGAAGUUUCUCUCAGCUGUGUGUGAUUCAGUGAUUCUGCAGUUUCCUUUUAGUUUUGUGUCAAUGUUACAAUGCCUUUUAAUUAACACGGUAUUGGAAAAUAUGUGUGGAGGAAGAAAGGGCCAUCUUUCAUGGCCCAAGGCAAACUUUUAUAUAAUGGUGAAAGUAGAUAAUCCCAAGAUCCCAAGAAGGAAAUUGAAAGUGCAAAUCCUGAAGUGGUCAUGCAGAAUUACAUACAGGGCGUAUUGUUAAUUUUUUCUAGCCCAGGAAAAAAAAAAAGAGAUGUAACAACAGCCUUGUAAGUUCAUUGAGCGAGAUUUCUAAAUCACCCCCAAAUUAUGGUAGAUAUAUUGAUUACUUUCAGUUACCCAUGUGAUGAAUAUUUGGAAACCUGAAUGAAAAGAACCGAGUCAAGAGUUUUAGCUUUUAUGCUUUUGUAUGUUGGAAUAUUUAAGAAUAUAAUUAUCUUUUAUAUCGAUAAACUGUGGAUGUGUGAAGACAAGAAUAAUUGUAUGGUCACACUGGACUGUUUUGAGUGAAGUUUGAACUUUUUUAUCAUAGUGGUGUGUACACACAAAUACAGGUAUGUAAUGUGAAUUAAAUGGAGGCCAAGAUGGAGGAUCGACACACACACACACACGCGCAUAUAUAUAUAUAUAUAUAUAUAUAUAUAUAUAUAUAUAUACACAUA